AUGGCAACCCGCUCACUUCUCGAAAGACUCGAAGAACUCUGCAACGUCGAUGUCGAUGAUGUCGAUACGGAACUCAUCAAGAGCUUGCCUUUCACUCCUCAUAACCAGACUUCGAAUCAAGCUGUCAUCACGAGGGAGUUGCUAAAACCAGAGCAUAAGGUGCUUUUAGAAGAGCUUGUGGACAAGUAUGGCAAGGAAGGCUGGGAGAAAGUGUAUAACAUGGCGGCUGUCACUUUUUGUGCUCGAAAUGUUUCCUACUUGUCAGGUCGUGUGCUGGUUCAAACUUCCCUCCGUUAUGUGAACGACCGAGCUGCCAUAAUCAAACAAUGCCUUGAGUAUGCCGAUGCUUUUGAGAAGGCUGGUGUUCCAAAAGAUCGCUUCGCCAUAAAAUUGCCAUUUUCCGGAUCUGCGGCUUCCGCGGCCCUUGAGCUCAAUGCCCAAGGCAUUCGCACGCUGGCAACGACGGUCUUCUCUCUUGAACAAGCGAUCGCAGCCAGCCAGUCAAACUGUCUAUUCAUCAGCCCAUACUACAAUGAGAUUGCAGCACAUUUCGACCCAUCGUUACGUCCACAACUUAGAGACCCAGCUCUUGAGCAUCCCAUGUCGGCCCGCGUGAUACACAUUCUCAAGACAUUUGCAGAAGCAUAUGUCCAGACGGGAAAGGAUCAACCGAUUAUGGUCAUCGCGAGCCACUUCAACAUUGCCGAGAUUCUUGCCAUGGCAGAGUUAGGUUGUCAACAUGUCACCAUUCAAGCUCACAACCUCAAGCAGCUUAUGGAGACACCUGACACGCUUCCCCCAGUGGUCAACAAGAAGCCUAAACAUCCAUAUGCAGAGUUCGUUAUUGCAGAGCGCCUGAGGAGAUUGGUAGCUCUAGAUCCGCUUUCCGGAUCGGAAUGGAAUGGAGUACUGGCCACAAUGGACACUGAUUUUGUAGCCGACGGCGGCGAAAAGCUUGACAACUUCAUCAAAAUAAAUUCGGUGUUGAAUAAGAGGUUCGGAGAUGCUUCCAAGUUUUUCCUCGAGGUCGAAGAAGCAGCGAAGGUUGCUAUCGAAGAAAUUAUCGCUGCCAAAGGCUUGUGA